AUGCUUGGUUACAAUGAGUUAGUUAUUCUGCUAACUAAUAAUAAUUAUCUUUUUUUCAAACAUUGUAAAAUCAGAAUAUCAAAUUCAAGAAGAAAAAAUACUGAUGAAGGAUAUAGAAGGCCUGCUGUGAGGAGUUGUGUACUGGCCCUGAAGAGCAUAUUGGAGGUAAUAGGAGAGAUAGAUGUGAAAAAAUUGAAUAAGGUGGUGUUGGAAGAGAAUGAAACAAGGUGCUCAGAUUUAGAAGAUGAGUUGGGCAAUCUUGAGAGUUUGUUGUUGAUAGAGGAUCAAAAAGAAGAUGAGUCAGAAGAUGAGUCAGAGGCCGGGGACAAUGAAGAACCACCACCACCAAUGGUUACAAUUAAAGAAGCUUAUGAAUCUUUAAAGAAAGUAAUUAGAUUUGAAGAACAACAAGAUGAAAUAAUCAAUUAUAAUAUAAAGAAGUUGGAAACAUUUAGAAAAUAUCUUCCUUGUUAUGAGAGCAUUACACUAUUUUAA